AUGCAAUCGAUGAGUUAUAUUCUGAUUAUUAACAUCAUUCAACUUACGUUUGCUGCAUCUCCUUCUGAUCAAUUCAAUUUGUUUACACAGAAGUAUUCUAAAGUCUAUCAAACUCCAUCAGAACGAUUAUAUCGGUACAACAUUUUCCUUUCGAAUUUGAGAGAAAUUGACUUCUUGAAUUUUAAAGACAAAUUAGCCCAAUAUUCCAUAAAUAGAUAUUCCGAUAUGCUUGCGUCUGAAUUGCCGUUACCAGAAAAUAUCGAACCAGAAAUUGGCGAUGCUAACAACAAAGGAGAUAUCAAUACAAACACCAAAAGAGUCACAAGAAAGCCAUCAGACACCCCAGUCGAUUAUUCUCAUUAUCACGACAUCGAAGUCCCAGAAGGUGACAGACUUCCUCGGAAUCACUCAUACUGUGGGUCGUAUGUUAACUACAACACAGAAAGACCAAAAAUCGACUUGUGUGGGGAGACCUUUGACCAGCGUGGUUGUGGGUGUUGUUAUGCUUCUGCGGGUGUGAAUUUGGCUCAGAUAUUGCUUGCCAAUUUGACGUACUAUAGCAGCAACAAGACACUCUCUCGUAUUCAAAGGUAUAACCUCUCCGUCCAAAGAUUUCUGGAUUUGACAGACUCCACAAGAGUCUGGGACAGCGCAAUGGUGACGUACAAGUGCUGUGGAGGGUUUCUUGGUAAUGCAGUCGAAGCCACACGAUAUUUUGUCGAAGUUAAAGAGUACCCAUACACUGACUACUCCUAUCAAAGUGACAACAGUACUUGUCAAGCCAGUGGCGUUGAAAGUCAUCAAGCAGAGUACAUCUUUCGAACAGAAAAAUUCAGAAGUUUCGACUUUAAUACAACGAACUUUGAGAGAGUCAAAUUACUUAAGAAGGUUUUACACCAUUAUGGGCCGUUCGUGGUGUCGUUGUACACAGAUAAUCGAUUCAAAAAGUACAAGAAAGGAAUAUUUAGAAUGACAUACGACGACAAUUGCGUGUCAAAUAAAGUCAAUCACGUUAUCGUGUUAGUUGGAUAUGGCGUGGAAAAUGGAGAGGAGUACUUUAUAGCACGAAACAGUUGGGGAAGUGAUUGGGGCGAGAAUGGGUAUAUCAGAAUAUCAACUAGAAAUAUUUGCGCGAUCGGCAAAUUCAAAACUAUGAAGAAAAUCACUGCAAAUUCACUUCUAUUUGGAUCAAAUUGUAAAUUUGACAAUCAAUGCGAAAAGUGUAACGAAAAUACUUUGAAAUGUGAGAAGUGUAAAGAUGGAAUAAAAAUGGAUACAAACUCGGGAAUGUGCAUGAAAGUGUACGACCAAAGUGAUAAUCGAAUAUAUAAUGAUGCGGAAGCAGAUGCUAUGAUAUUAAAUUUAACAGAAGUGUCUUAUGAUUUGCUUGAUUAUGGUGAGGAAGAUAAGAGCGUCGAAAGGAUCAUUGUGAUUUUGUCUAUUUUAGCAUUAUUAUUGUUGUAA